UCUCAGGGUGGUCUCGUCGUUACCCUGCAAACCGGUCAGACCUCAGUCUGUGGAUCGUCGCUGCUCACCAACACCAGGGCUGUCACCGCAGCUCACUGCUGGAGGCACGGCGCGACCACAGCCAGCCAGUUGGUGGUGGUUUUGGGUUCCACAACUCUCUUCAGCGGCGGAACCAGGAUUACCAGCACUAACGUUCAGGUUCACGCCAACUACAAUCCUGGCAACUUGAACAAUGAUAUCGCAAUUAUCGUCAUCUCCCACGUAGGCUAUACCACCAACAUCAGAAACAUCCCUCUUCCGACGGGUGCCCAGCUGAAUAACAACUUCGCCGGCGUCACUGCCAGAGCAGCUGGAUUCGGACUGCAAAGUGAUGGUGGCAGCAUUGGUACCGGUCAAACACUUCAUCAAGUAGAUCUCCCAGUUAUCACCAACGCAGUCUGCCAAUCCACCUUCGGCUCCUCGGUUGUGGUACCCUCUACACUCUGCAUCAGCGGUGCGAAUGGCAGGAGCACCUGCGGUGGUGACUCUGGUGGUCCAUUGGUCUACGGCAAUAUACUGAUCGGUGUUACGUCCUUCGGCUCCGCCGCGGGUUGCCAGCGCGGCUUCCCCGCCGGUUUUGCCAGAGUGACCAGCUUCGCGGACUGGAUUAACGCUCGUCUUUAAGUUUGCUUCUUUCUGUUUUAAAACUACAAAUAAUUCAAUAAACAGUUGUUGCAAUCGAAA